ACAACGGCCAAGAUUCGUCCACGUGGCAUCACCUCUUUCAACUUUCUAUUCUCAGAAACCAAAAGCUCCCAUGGCGGACCAUUCAACCGACCACUUCUUCGUCCUCCUCAUGACUGUGACCUAAUUUCCUCUCCCCGAAGUCUGGAGCUUAAGUUCGUUCCUUCCAACUUUCCGGCGCCAAAAAAUGGCUUCCGUAAUCCUCCAUUCUCCUUUCUCAGUCACUGCUCGAAUCCAUAACCCUAAUAAUCUCAGACCACUCUCCCCCCCUUCAUUUCCCACCAUUUUCUUUCGUUCAUCUUCCUCCCCUUUAGCUAUAGAUUUGUCGUCGCGGAUUAACCGCCGAUUCGCGGUUCCUCGCCGGCGUCACGAGUGGGAAGUCGGCUGCCUCGAGAUUGAGAGCGAAAUCGGCAUUGAAGUACAAGAAAAUGAACAGUUAUUGGGGAGUGGAGGAGGAGAAGAAUUGGGGAGCCAAGGGUUGUUGACUCAGAUGAAGGAGAUUGUAACGUUUACAGGGCCUGCCAUUGGAUUGUGGAUUUGUGGACCAUUAAUGAGUCUCAUUGACACUGCGGUUAUUGGCCAGGGAAGCGCUGUUGAGCUUGCUGCUUUAGGCCCAGCAACAGUGUUAUGUGAUUAUACGAGCUACGUGUUCAUGUUUCUUAGUAUCGCAACUUCAAACAUGGUAGCCACAGCCCUUGCCAAACAGGAUAAAAACGAAGUGCAGCACCACAUAUCAGUAUUGCUAUUUGUGGGGCUGAUAUCUGGUUUCCUGAUGCUCUUAGUUACCAAACUAUUGGGUUCAGUGGCGCUAACUGCUUUUGUGGGGACAAAGAACGCUGAUAUCAUACCGGCUGCAAACACCUAUAUUCAGAUUCGAGGUUUGGCAUGGCCCGCAAUUCUCACUGGCUGGGUUGCUCAGAGUGCAAGUCUUGGCAUGAAAGAUUCCUGGGGACCUCUGAAGGCUUUGGCUGUUGCGAGUAUUGUAAAUGGCAUAGGUGAUGUUGUCCUAUGCAUGUUUCUAGGAUAUGGUAUUGCUGGUGCAGCAUGGGCAACUAUGGUAUCACAGGUUAUUGCAGCUUAUAUGAUGAUAGAAGCACUAAACAAGAAAGCAUACAAUGGAUUUGCUCUAUCGGUUCCCUCGUCUGGUGAAUUCUUUUCGAUACUUGGACUUGCUGCUCCUGUAUUUCUACCAAUGAUGUCAAAGGUGGUUUUUUAUUCUCUCCUCAUCUACUAUGCUACGUCGAUGGGCACACACAUCAUGGCUGCUCAUCAGGUUAUGAUUCAAACAUUUUGUAUGUGUACCGUAUGGGGUGAACCUCUCUCUCAAACUGCUCAGUCAUUUAUGCCUGGGUUGAUCAAUGGAGUGAAUCGUAAUUUGGAUAAGGCCCGGAUGUUGCUAAAGUCACUCUUGAUCAUAGGAGCUAUAUUUGGUCUCAUAUUAGGGUCAAUUGGAACAUUAGUUCCUUGGUUGUUCCCCUAUCUCUUCACACCUGAAGAGAGGAUUAUUCAGGAGAUGCAUAAAGUGUUGAUUCCAUAUUUCUUGGCGCUAGUCAUAACACCCCCAACUCAUAGCUUAGAAGGGACGUUAUUGGCUGGCCGAGAUCUUAAAUUUAUUAGUUUGUCGAUGACUGGAUGCCUUUCUCUUGGCGCCCUUGUAUUGCUGGUUAUUAGCAGUAGGGGUUAUGGUUUGACAGGCUGCUGGUAUGCGCUGACCGGAUUUCAAUGGGCUCGGUUUCUUAUCGCUCUUCGGCGCAUCCUCUCUCCUGAUGGAAUGCUUUACAGCAGUGAUUUAAGCCAUUAUAAACUAGAAAAGCCAAAAGCUGCAUAGGUGAGUCCAUAUGAGCUGCUGUGGACGAUUCAAUAGUUUUUCGAUGUCUUUGCCCUAGUUUGAUAAAGGAAUAGAUCUAAGCUGAAUGGCUGCUGAAACCAGUGUUAUAUAAGAAGCAUAGAAUUUCACCGGCAAUUUUGGAAGGUUGUGCUCCUGAAUGAAGCUUAAAACAGAUAGCAGAUUAACUUUAUCUUAGGCUUCUUUUAGCUAUAUCUGAAUGAAGUCUUUCGCUUGUGCAUCAUAAGGAGUGUUGCCUUUAAGGUUGUUUUUUUCUGUCAAAAUUGCCUGAAAGUAUGCAUCUUUCAUUUGAUUGUACCACUAUUCUUUAAUUGAAGCUUAUAUAAGUUUGUUUAAUAGCCACCAAAAUGGCAAAAUA